AACAAAAUGGGGUAAUUAAUCAAAAAAUCCCAAACAGGCCCUUAAAUUUCAUCAAAAUUUUGAUACUGUGAGUUUCCUCCUUUACUCUGAUCUUGAACUUUCAAUUGAAUUAAGGUUAGGUGGAGAAUCAACUGUGUAAACAGAGAUUUAGAUCAAUGGAGAAAGAAAAGAAAUUAACAGAAGCGACCCCAGAAAUCGAAGAACCCAUUGAAGUUCCUUUAUUUCAAGUCCCUGAAUGUUAUGUUUACUUGAUCCCUCCAAGGAAAAGUGCAGCUUCAUACAGGGCUGAUGAAUGGAAUGUUAAUAAAUGGGCAUGGGAGGGUACAUUAAAGGUUUUAAGCAAGGGCGAAGAGUGCAUCAUCAAACUGGAAGACAAGGAAACAGGUGAAUUGUAUGCGCGUGCAUUUCUCAGAGAUGGAGAACCACAUCCAGUGGAGCCUGUAAUUGAUAGUAGCAGAUACUUUGUUCUUCGGAUUGAAGAGAACAUUGGUGGACGCCUCAGACAUGCUUUUGUUGGCAUUGGAUUUCGAGAAAGACCUGAAGCCUAUGACUUCCAAGCUGCUCUUCACGACCAUCAGAAAUACCUGAAUAAGAAGAAAACUGCAGAAGAGAUGGAGAAGCAAUACCAGAAAUCCUCAUCAGUUGACUACAGUUUGAAAGAGGGGGAAACCCUGAAACUUCAGAUAAAGAAUAAAACUGGUGGCACCACAAGGUCCAAGUUCUUUGAGCAGGGUCUAAAUAAUCUAUCAUUGGAGGAAAAGGCCAAUCGAAAGGAUUCAGCAAUAUUACUCAAGCCACCACCACCUCCUCCAGCGCCACUUUCACCUGUUGAUAGUGCUGCAAGGUCUCCCCCAGUAUCGCCGUCUAAAUUGAGUCUGGAGCAAUCUGCUGAAACUAAGGACUCAGAGACAGCGAAAGAGGAGCCAAAUAAAUCAGAAUCAGUUAAAGAGCAAGGUCCACAAGAUGUUGCAGAUGAUGAUUUUGGGGAUUUUCAAGCAGCUGGGUGAUGUUUUGUUGGAAACUCAGUACAAUUGGAAAGCUGAAGUUCAAAGUUCACACUAGAUACUGUUGUUGAAUGUCUUUGGUACAUAUGCUGUGUAUUAUAGUUUUUACUCCAUAUCUUUAUUGUCUUACCUUUACACCUACUUGCCUAAAGAGUUUCAUUUACUUCAAAGCAAUUUUAUCUGGUGGGAUAUAUAAGUUUGAUUGUUAGCCUAUGAA